AUGGAAGGGGAGGACGAGGAGGACGGCCUGACACAGCUUCUACGGCUCGUGCUGGACCGCAGAGACGAGAGACCGGCGGUGCUGCAUUGCGCGGAGUUCCUAAGCUUCGCAGAGCUCGAAGAACGUGUGGCGGAGCUCUCAAUGCGCCUUGGGGACUUGGAGGACAGGAUCUGUGGAUUUGUGGGGAUUUGCGUUCACCGGAGCUUCGCUCUGGUGGUGUCCUUGCUCGCUUGCCUCUUCAGCAAAAAGGCUUUCAUUUGCCUGGACCCGGCAUUUCCAGCAAAGCGGCUAGGCUUCAUCCUGGACGACUCUGGGCCAGGGGCUCUUUUGCUGGAUGAGGCAGCAGUCCAGCAACAUUCCCACCUCCUCAGCUUUUGCCGUCACUUCCUCCUGCUGGAUCGACAAGGGCAGGUGCGUCAGACUGGCACGCAGCCACAGAGACCGCGAGGUGAAGAUAUCCCAGACGGAGUGGCAUAUGCCAUCUACACAAGUGGCAGCACAGGCCAGCCCAAGGGCGUGGUGGUCUCACGGGCCAACUUGCAUAACUUGCUCUCCUUCUUUUUGGAGCUUCUUGGCUCCCGACUCGAAAGCUUCGUUUGGGUGGCCGUGACGACUUUCUGCUUUGAUAUCGCCCUUCUUGAGCUGAUCCUUCCCCUGAUGUGCAACUGCAUGCUGGAUGUUGUGGAAACGGAGAUCUCCAAACAGGGGCCCGAGCUGAAAGCCCGUCUUGCCAAGUAUCCCAGGCUGGCUUUCCAGGCCACGCCCAGCAGCUACAACCUCCUCAGGUCCUGUGGCUGGGCUCCUCCUGCAGGAUCAGUGCUUCUCUGCGGCGGCGAGCCCUUCCCUCCGUGGCUCAGCGAGUUCGGCACCGAUGUCUACCUCCACAACGUGUAUGGUCCGACGGAAACCACAAUUUGGUCGACGGCGCAGCAUGUCGACGCGCUUGCCGCUGGUGCUUCGGUCCCUAUCGGGCCUCCCAUCCGCGAAACGACCCUGCGGCUGUCCAGCGAAGGAGGCGAGCGAGCCGAUCGAGCCGAUCGAGCCGAGAAGUUCGAGUCCGGAGAAAUCAUCAUAGGAGGUGCUGGUGUGAGCCUGGGGUAUUGGAAGAGGGAUCACUUGACCCUCGAGCGCUUUACACCGGCUCUCUGCGGCGGCAAGGAGUUCCGCACAGGAGACUUGGGACGCAGGGACGCCAGCGGGAAGACCUUCUGCCUGGGCAGGAUAGACGAACAGGUCAAGGUCAACGGCUUUCGCUUGGAGCUGUGCGAAGUCGAUGCUGCUCUGCGCGGCUGCCCUGAAGUCGAGUUCGGCGCCUGUGAUGUGAGGCGGAACAGGCUCGACCAAGUCGUCCUUGUCGCUUACGUGGUCUGGCGGGAAGGCGAAGGUCAGGACGGGCGAGGCCGGCUUCAUAGCCAUCUUCGGGAACAUCUUCCGGAGUAUAUGUGGCCGCAGAAGACAGUCGCCUUGGACAAGCUGCCCGUGACUCUGAAUGGAAAGCUGGAGCGAAAGCGUUUGCCCGAUCCUUGGCAACUCCAGAGUGAGCUACUGCAGGACAAAGGGAAAGAUCAGCCGUUAAAGCUGCCGGAAGUGUGCGCAGCAAGUAUGCCUACUGCCGACGCUUUGCGAAUCCUCGUGUUGCAGGUCAUUGAGGAGCUGAUCGAGGGCACGUGCCCGGGUGUCAUGCAUCAGAAAACGGGGGAGAGCGACAGAGGAGAGGAGUGGCGGCACCUGGGUCUGACCUCAUCCAUGGCUGCGGCCUUCGCCGUUGCACUUGGGAGAAGCCUGAGCCUGCAGUGGCCGCAGAGACGCUGGCCGGCGCUGGGUGCCGCGACCAUGUUCGAGUGCGCCACGGUCUCUCGCCUGGUGGCAAAGCUGCUCCAAGAGGAGAAGGCCGUGGAGGCGGCUCCGGCCUCUCUCGGACGCCGCGGCGCUGCGCGGCAUGUGGUCUCCCUCGGCAGCCUUUGCAUGACGGCGCAGGCCAUGGAGCACCUGGGCUUCAGGCGAUGGCCGGGACCUUUUGACUGGGUGUUUUCCGCGCCUGAGAUGGUCACCCACUGCCUCAAGGACGGUUUUGCAGCCUUCCUUGAUCAGUCGCGCUACGUUGCAACCGCGUGCAAGAAGGCGGGCCACACCGUGUAUUCACCCAUGUUGAAUCGAGAUGUGAUCUUCAAUCACCACAAUCCAAUGAUCCCUGCCGACUACGAGUUCCUUGAGUCUUGCGUGCACUCCCUCCAGCAUUUGCUCAAGGGCUGGACGGCAACUCCUGUCAGCAUCUCGCAAGACGACUUCGUGCUCUUCCUCCUUUUCAACUUGGAGCGGCGAGUAGAGUUGCAGGAUGCAGCUGUGCUGGAGCUCUUCGAAGAACUCGUAAGGCAGUCGCAGCUGCCCUUCCGGCUGCUGGUAGUGAAGGUGGUGACGAAAGCUGCAGAUGCACCUCAGGAAUCCCUCCUUAUGCAACGCUCAGUCGAGGAGGCCGGACAGAAAUCCAAAGUACAGGAGCUCUAUGUGCACCAGCUGAAGUGCCAAGGUAGUCAUGAUGGCUGGCGCUUCAGCGACGAUGCGGACUUCCAUGCACUCGAGAGAAUCAUCUGCCGCCUCUGUUCGGAAUUGAAGCUCUUUGCCGGUGCGCCGACGAUGCCUUUGCUCCCCUGCAGUUCCGACGGCUGCCCGUACCUCUGCACCUGGCUUGCAGGCCACUGCUGCCACCGCUGCUCUAGCAAAGCAGGCUGGCACGGCCCUCGCUGCGACCGUCACCGCGGCGAGGGCCAGGACCAGCAGGGGCCCGUUGAGCCUGUAAGAGGUUACAAACCUUCCGGACACUUCUUGGGCACGGUUUCGAGGGCGCAGCGCUUUCGCAGCUCCCUUAGUCAGGCCCAAACACAGGGCCGACGGGGACCGUCACUGUCGUUGCAGACUUCGGCCCUGCGCCGGCUGGAGCGCUGCCUGAGAGCCGACAUCGAAGCCGAGACUGACGAGACUCGUGUCUGCGAGAGUGGCGAGAGCUUCGAGCCUUUGGGGCAGCCGAUCCAUGAGGGGCCAAGCUGGAAGCUCUGGUGUCCUUUGGAGGCCAACCUCUCCACUUCUUUGCAGCUCAUACGAGAGACUUCAGAUCCCUUGGGGGCUCUGCUUCUUGGCCCGAUGAGAGCCUUCGACGUCCUGCGAGGCGACCUCACAGGUGCUGGCUUCCAUGUGGUAUGCCGCUUCAAGCAGAACACGGACCUCUUCGCAGUUACAGCCGGGGACAACGCGCCGGUAGAGAAGCUUCCAAGGACACCGGAGGAGUUCGUGGUGUUGGCCAGAGAUGCGAUACAGCCAGUGCGAAGUAUGACGUUCGACGACUUGACGUGCAAUCCACAUCGGAAGCAUUGCAGGGAUGAGAUGGGAAGACUGGUGAGCAUUCGUUCGAGACUUGCACUGGAGGUUCAUCCGCCCUUUACCCUGCAGCUUCCGUGCACGCACGACGCACGCGAAAGGAAGCUUACUCAUGCCUGGUUUGCUGCAAUCGAGGAGGUCAUGUCGGUGAAAUCCAUCCGCGAGCAGGAGAGCCUCGCCAGGUACUCCAACAAUGCCUUUGGACUCGAUAACGCUGGAUGUCUGGUGCUCGAUAGCUCCAAGGGCGAGGAUUGGAACACGAUCCUGGAGAAGAACCCUUGGCUAAAGACAGAGAAGCUCGUGGCCAAGCCGGACCAGAUGAUCGGAGGCCGAGGCAAAGCCGGCCUCAUCGCGGUGAACAAGACCUUCGAUGAGAUCAAGGCUUGGAUCAUGGAGCGGAUGUGCAAGGAGUCGACCGUGGGUGGCAUCACAGGGCAGCUCACGCACUUCCUGAUCGAGCCUUUUGUCCCACAUGCGCAGUCCGAGGAGGUCUACGUCUGCAUGCAGUCGCACAGGUAUAAGGACGAGAUAUUCUUCUACCAUGAGGGAGGCGUGGACGUCGGCGAUGUCGAUGCAAAGGCCUCCCGGCUCUCUAUCCCAACGGGUUGCGAGGUUUCCGAGGACAUGAUUCGCUCUGAGCUCCUGGACAAGGUGGAGCCGGGCAAGAGCGCAACUCUCGCGCGCUUCGUUAAGGCACUUUUUGCCUUCUACCGCGACCUGCACUUUGCAUACCUGGAGAUCAAUCCGAUUGCCCUGCUCUCUAACAACAAGAUAGUGCCCCUGGACCUCGUCGCAAAGAUCGACGAGACUGCCGCGUUCUUGUGCACCCAGAAGUGGGGCGAAUUGGAUUGGCCAUCUCCUUUUGGUCGAGCUGCUUAUCCUGAAGAGGCCCUCAUUCGAGAGCUGGACGGGAAGACCGGUGCUUCCCUGAAGCUGACCAUCCUCAACGACAAGGGCCGCGUCUGGACCAUGGUAGCUGGUGGUGGCGCAUCGGUUGUGUACUCGGACACCGUGGCGGACUACGGCUGGGGAAAGGAGCUGGCCAAUUAUGGCGAGUAUUCUGGAGCUCCCACCACAGAGGAGACCUUCACGUAUGCCAAGACGAUCCUUUCCCUGAUGUGCCGCUACAAGCACCCAGAGGGCAAGUUCCUGAUCAUUGGGGGAGGUAUCGCAAACUUCACUGACGUCGCGGCUACUUUCACAGGCUUGAUCAAGGCUCUUCAGAUGUUUGCGGAUCAGAUCAAGGAACACAAGAUCCACAUCUGGUGUCGCAGAGCCGGCCCGAACUAUCUGGAGGGCCUGAAGAAGCUGAAAGUCGCCAGCGACAAGCUGGGCUUGGGAGUAAAAGUCUAUGGCCCCGAGACGCACAUCACCGCGGUGGUUCCAAUGGCCCUGGGCCUCACCGAUGUGCUGCCCGAGCCGGACCUCAGCGCAGGCUCCGCACCCCCGCCCAAGCGAGAGAUGAUUAAGGUCAAGGCGACGAAUGGAGCAAAGAAGGCGCAGAAGGCUGCUCCCCAAGGUGAGAGGCAUACCAUUGUCACUGCCACUCCGGCAACCAGGGCCAUCGUGUACGGCAUGCAGAACCGAGCAGUGCAGGGCAUGCUCGACUUCGACUUCAUGUGCAAGAGGAAGACGCCUUCCGUUUGUGCCAUGGUAUUUCCGUUCAGCGGCAACCACUAUGUGAAGUUCUACUGGGGUACCGAGGAGAUCCUUCUCCCGGUCUACACCACCACCAAGGAGGCUUGCCAGAAGCACACAGAUGCCGUCACGUUCAUCAACUUCGCAUCCUUCCGCUCGGUCUAUGAGACUACUAUGGAAGCCAUGCAGUAUCCGCAGAUGAAGACGGCCAGAUCCCAAGAAGUGGGCGUUCCAGAACAGCAGACCCGCCUGCUGAUCAAGGAAGCCGAGAUGCGCGAGAUUGGCAUGAUCGGGCCGGCCACGGUAGGUGGAAUCAAGCCCGGCUGCAUCCGCAUCGGCAACACAGGUGGAAUGUUGGACAACAUCGUCAUGUCCCGGCUCUACCGUCCAGGGUCUGUCGCCUACGUGUCAAAGUCCGGCGGAAUGUCGAACGAGUUGAACAACAUCAUUUGCCGCAACUCCAACGGCGUGUACGAGGGUGUGGCGAUUGGUGGGGACCGGUAUCCUGGCAGCCGCUUCAUCGAUCACCUCCUGCGCUACCAGGAUGCGCCUGGAGCAAAGAUCCUCCUGCUCCUGGGCGAGGUGGGUGGCCAGGAUGAGUACGAUGUGAUCAAGGCCGUGAAGUCUGGGCGCAUUGACAAGCCAGUUAUCGCCUGGUGCGUUGGCACCUGUGCCUCGUGCUUUGCCACGGAGGUGCAGUUCGGCCAUGCUGGUGCCCAGGCCAGGGGCCAGACGGAAACCGCGAUGGCCAAAAACGCAGCGAUGAAGGAAGCCGGGAUUAUUGUGCCAGACUCCUUCGACAAGCUACCAGAGACGAUCAGCAACUUGUACACGAAGAUGGUCGAGGAGGGUGAGAUUGUGGAGGAGCCAGAAGGCGAAACGCCCCAGGUACCCGUGGACUACACCUGGGCCAAGAAGCUGGGGCUUGUCAGGAAGCCCGCGAACUUCAUCAGCUCAAUCUCUGAUGAUCGCGGCGAGGAGCUGAAGUAUUGCGGUGUCAGCAUCUCUGAUGUCUUCUCGCGCAGCAUGGGUGUGGGUGGCGUUUUGUCGCUCCUCUGGUUCAGAAGGCAGCUGCCUGCGGAAUGCUGCAAGUUCAUCGAGAUGAUUCUCAUGGUGCUGACCUCAGUCAUGUGUGUGCGCGGUUCUGUGGUGAUGGACUUGCCUUGCGAAGCUGGUUCGAGACGGUCCGACAUCCGCGGCAAACUGGAUUCUGUUCUCUCGGACGGUUCUAAUCUAUGGUCCCUUCUGGCCAUUGUCAAAGUAGGUGGGAACAGGACGGCGCGAGCGGGCAAGGUGCCCUGCAAUCGAACUGAUUUGGUCAGUGCCCUUUGCAGUGGAGCUUCCGGCGUGUUUUGGCAGACGGGCAGCUUGCGCCUCCUGACAAUCGGACCUCGGUUCGGGGGUGCGCUGGAUGAUGCCGCGAAGAUGUUUGCCGAAGCGCACGACAGCGGCAUCUCUGCCAAGGAUUUUGUCGACCAAAGCAAGAAGCAGAACAAGCUCAUCAUGGGUGUGGGUCAUCGCAUCAAGUCGCUGGCGAACCCGGACCAGCGGGUCGUCAUCAUCAAAGACUUCGCCAAGAAGUUUUUCAAAGACAACAGCAUACUGGACUUUGCCCUGGCGGUAGAGCAGAUCACCACAAGGAAGCGAGCCAACCUGAUCCUGAAUGUGGAUGGCUGCAUCGCUGUAUGCUUCACUGACAUGCUGCGCUCCUGUGGAGCCUUCUCAAGAGAAGAGGCAGAUGAGCUGAUGGCCUUCGGCUGCCUCAACGGCCUCUUUGUACUCGGUCGUUCCAUGGGCUUCAUCGGCCACCACCUGGAUCAGUUGAGGCUGAAGCAGCCGCUCUACCGGCACCCCUGGGAUGCAACUUGCCUUUUCAAUCCUUGCCGUGGAUGA